GUCUGAACUCUCCAGGUGAGAAUGAGUGCCACACUUUUUUCCUCCUUAUCCUUCCCAAUGUGGCAAACAGAGGGUUGUUUGUGCUUGCCAUCUUUGAGAAGGUGACCUGAUGAUGAGAACUCUGGUGUAAUUCUGUCAGAAUCCCAACACAGAAAAAAGGCUCAGGUGGGGGCAUGUCAUGAAACAAAGUUGGCCAUCUUGUGUAUGUGCGUGUGUGCUGGAUUAUUGUGAGUCUUGUCUUUCUUAUCUAUGUUGCUCUCCUUUCUUGUCUUUUGGAUUUUGAGGCCCUCCCUCCUCAUCUUCCUCCCCAGUGCCUGCCAGGCAGAAGGAUUCCAAGGAGACAAAGAUUCUUCAACAAAAGGGUGGUACUAGUGCUGGCAUGGAAGAAAUAAUGCAAUCUUGAGGUAGUUUUCUUGGUGGUGGUGAAAGUUUUGGAUGGAGAAAGUGAAACUGGAGGGGUGGUUGCCAUGAUGUGUAGUAGGGUCCAGCACUGGAGUGGUUGUUGAUGCUGUGGGUUUCAACGCGAGGGGGAUAGGGGGGGAAGGGGAACACACAGGUUAUAGAUCUCAUCAAGCAAGCCAGGUAUGAGAUUUUAGGAGGGGAAGCAGCGGCCAAGCUUGUGCUAUGUGCUUUAGCUGAGGCUGAUUCUCUGGUUGCUGCCUGCCAAUUAAUUGAUGAAGGUACCGCCGCCGCCACCGGUCACCGGAUCAAGGAAGCUUCAUGGUUCUCUGCCGUGCUGCUGAUUGAGGAGGUGCUCCAGGCUUCCAGGAGGAGGAAGAAUCUGCAGCGUUUCCAAUAUUUCUGGGAGAGAAGGAAGGGGAAGAUGGUUGAUCUUUGGUCCCUCAAGCAGCUUUGACAUAAAAGUAGGAGCAGUACCUGAGAUUUUCAAUUCUGGCAUGGGCUCAUUUGGGAUGGACUGGAAUCAGAAGAGCUCAGUAUUGUGGGAUUGGGAGAAUUUACUGCCGGCAGGCACUAAUGCGGCUGAGAACCCCAAGAAUGGAAUGCAGGCUGAGCAAAGGUUUGCAAGUGUAGUGGCUGCCAUGGCUAAUGAAUCACGACAUUCUUCCGGUAGCAGCGGUACUUUCUCUUCCAACUCGGAGAUGGGAUAUGGUUCAUCCAAGAGCUCCCUAUCCGCUUCAAUUGAUUCUUCAUCCAAGGUAGGGAACAGCAUGGAAUUCAGAUUUGCAGCUGCCGCAAACCCUGAUAGCAACAACAGCAAAAAUACUGAGUUGGGUAAAGUUGAUGACACCGGAGCCGGAACAUCUCCCUCAUCGGUGAUAGCAGUGAGCAGUGGAGAGCCAGUCAUUGGCCUGAAACUUGGCAAGAGAACUUACUUUGAAGAUGCCUGCGGAGCACAGAAUGUCAAGAACUCACCAUUGGGUGCGGGUGCACCAAACCCAUCUCCUGCUUCGGUCAAGAAGGCAAAGGUGGAUCAACAGAAGCCACAUAAUUCAUACUGUCAAGUUGAAGGCUGCAGAGUUGAUCUCUCUUCUGCUAAAGAUUACCAUCGAAAGCACAGAGUCUGUGAAGUUCAUUCUAAGACUCCCAAAGUUGUCGUCGCUGGUCUGGAGCGACGCUUUUGCCAACAGUGUAGCAGGUUUCAUGCUUUAGCUGAGUUUGACCAGAUAAAGCGAAGCUGCCGUAGGCGUCUCAACGAUCAUAAUCACCGCAGACGGAAGCCACAGCCAGAAGCAAUUUCUUUCAGUACAUCAAGGCUGUCUACGAUGUUUUAUGAUGCAAGGCAACAGACAAGUCUUCUAUUCAGUGAGGCUCCGUAUGUUCAAAUGAGAAACUGUGCAAGUUCUUCAUGGGAUGACCCAGGACCAGGAGGCUUCAAGUUCACAGAAACAAAAGCUCCUUGGUUAAAGCCAACAACUGCUGCAGGUGUUGAUGCGAUGCAUUUGUCUAGCCAGCAGGUAUCGAACAGUAUUAUGCCACACGGUGCACAUCAUGGUUUUGAUGGGUUCAUGUCAUUCAAGGGAACUGGUAUGAAGUUCCUUAAUCAAGGCGUCGAAGCUUCCACUGUUGUUUCCGACACCAGUGGAGCCCCAGACCUUCAGCAUGCUCUCUCUCUUCUGUCAAACAACCCAGCAGGUGCUGGCAAUCUCCAGCCAAGUCCCCAGAUGCAUUCUGGAACUACUGCAGACAUCGCCGGCACUUCAAACCCUGCGAUGCAUGUGCUGGGCUCGUCGCCAGGGCUCUGGCUAGACGGCCCGCCCCUCGACAAUCAUCACCCACGGUUUCAGGCUUUUGAUCUCUUGGGGGGCCACGACAGCACCAUGCCGCACGAGCUCCAGCUCCCAAAGCCUUCAUAUGACCACCACGCCGCCUCCCACUUCGACCGGAUGCACUGAUAAUGAUAGACGCUCCGAUCAGCACCCACCGUGCGUGAUAUCCUGAAUUUCUUUGUUUUGAUGUUGUUGCCAACCUGCUUAGAAGGGAUGCAAUCUGGUAAUGCCAAGAAUAAAGGCGCACAUGAACAACAGACUUGCAACCAGAUUGAUCUGGUCGUGUUGCCAUGGAAAAAAGAACUUCAUCUUGCCAGCAGCUACCAAUCCCAUUAUCAGCUGUGGCUCUGAAUAAUUCUAAAUUGUUAUGUAUCUGAAUUGCUUCUGCAAGUGAUGAAUCCAGAAGUUGGCAGAACUGCAGACGAUUUUAAUAUUUUGCAA